GAAAACACACACUCGCAUGCACGCACGCACGCGCGCACACACAAACAGCGCGAGAAGGCGAGCGGGGGGGGGGAAAAGUGUUAAAAGUCCCCGGCCGCGCGCGCACGACCGGAGCGAGCACGCGAGCACGUUCCCUCCUCGCGCUUUUCUGACUGUUGUUGUUUUUGUCGUUGCGGCGCGUCGCGCGCUUGAUUUCCCGCACUUUUCUUUCUCGUUCCUCGCAGAAAACAAACAAACAAACAAAUAAACGGCGAUUUCUCCUCCUCUCCGCUCCGGACGCGCGCGCUCCCGUCGCGUGAACAAGUUUACGCCCCCCAGCGAGUCGGUUUCUCUCUCUCUUCGUUUUUUCUUUCCUGUUCUUUUCUUUUAUGAAUGGACGGAGGACUGAACGCCGUCCAGGGCGAGUCUCGCGACUUUGGAUUUACUCUCUGAGCAGAACUACAGAAGAGGAGGGAAAGCGCUGAGAUCACGGACUUCAGAUGUGUUCCCGGUGUGCCGGAGAGUCCCCUCUUCAGAGCACAGAUGGAGACGAGAGCUCAAAGUGGCGGCAGCACCGGGUCGCCGGAAGGUGGCGACGGCGAGGAGGCUCGGGAGGCCCUGGUGCUCCCGCUCCACCAGAUCCGGACCAUUCACACCAACAAUGAGUACACAGAGGGGCCGGUGGCCACCUCAGGCUACUCUCGGACUGUGGACUUGCAGCCCUCUGGUCCCUCAAUGGAUGAGAGGGCAGUGCAGGAUGGUACCAUGCCUCGGGAAUCGGAGGACUUUCAGUAUGCUCAGAACUCUAGGGACUUUCAGGAUUCUCGGGACUCUAGGGACGUUCAGGACUCUAGGGACUUUCGGGAUUCUUCACAGGGUGCCCGCUCUCCCCAGAGCGCUGCAAGUCGGUCCACAAGUGGCACCAGCGAGGGCUCUUGCAGCAACUCCUCAGAGCAAAGGCUUCUAGGAAACAUAAGCAGGACACCAGGUGAGCCACCCGCAGUAGUGCGAGUGCAGCCCAAGCGAUCAGAAGCAAAGCAAGAGGAGUUGAAGCCCCUGAAUAUGGUUUCUGGUAGUGGGAAGCAGCACUUGCAGUGCUGUGAACAUUGCCACCGAUGCAUUUGUGAAAACUGCAGGAGCCCAAGGCCACUCCCAUCCUGCUGGGUCUGUGGACGGAGAUGCCUGUGUUCGGCCGAGUCAUCUGUUGACUACAUCACCUGUGUCUGCUGCCUCAAGGCCCUGUUCUACCACUGCUCCACUGACGACGAGGACGUCUGUGCCGACAAGCCCUUCUCCUGCCACCAGUCGCACUGUUGUGUGCGCUGGUCGGCUGCUGGUGCACUGGCACUCAUCCUGCCCUGCUUGCUGUGUUAUCUCCCUGCCCGAGGCUGCCUGGCACUCUGCCAGGCCUGCCACAACCGUGCCCACCGGCCUGGAUGCCGCUGCAAGGACACACACGUUUCACGCUGCAAAAAGAAUAUUAAGUAAAAAAUGGGGCAUGACUCUUGAUUUUCUGCCUUUCCUUGACAUUGUAGUUUUGGCACUGUAAACCGAGAGAGGUGACAGACUGAGAAGAACGGUGUUUGAAGUUGUUUGUUUCUUUUUGUUUGUCCCUCCUUGUCAUCAAGGGGGUAUUUCCCAAAACAGGGAUUUUUCAGUAAAGCUGGACAAUUUAAGCCAAGAGUAAGAAUUAUCCAAUAGGAUUGACCUUUACCUCUCUCUCUUAGUAAAUAGGCUUGAUUUAGGGUUUAAGCUGUCUGGCUAACUGUCAAAUCUUGCUUUGUGAAACAUCCCCCACGUUCAGCUAGCACUUCCACAGAGUGUAAUGGUCUUUUCCUUCUUUAUCCUAUCUUUAUGUUACACGGAAGUCCAGGAUGUUAGCAAUAAUGACAUUCAGUAACACGACUGAUAGCGUUUUUCAGACUAACCUUUGUGAAUAGCACCCACAAAGUUUGUGAAUUAGCAAAUUACCGUUUCUCAGAGAUCUUUUAUUUUUGUACAUAUAAUAUUUCAACUGUGAAAAGCAGUGUGCCAAAACAGAGGCACCUUGACAGAUCUUUAUAUAUGAAACAUAUAUAAUACGUAUUUAGCGUUGUACAUUCAUUUUGAAUGUAUGUCAAUCAUUUUUAUAAAUAUCUUUGCCUUACAGAAGCCUUACCUGAAUUAUCCCCCCAGCUAUACUUGUAAAAUUGUACAGUGACCCUCAGAAAAAAAAAAAACCUUUAUUUUCUAAUUUCAACACGUUGUUUAGUGUAAAGAAUAUUUAUUUGAAGUUUUAUUAUUUUAUAAAGAAAUAUUUAUUUCAAGAGCAUCUUAUAGGUAUCACCCUAACUUUUUGAGAGAGAGAGAGAGAGAGAGAGAGAGAGAGAGUACAACAAAUGUUCUUGUUGCUGCCAAUAAGAUUGACAAGGGUGUCAUGUAUGAUGCAUAUGUUCACUAUAAAUUAGAAAAUAUAUUAACGUUUUUUGAAAUCAAA